CAUUGAAAUAACUGAGAGCAGAUUGUCAAUGUCAUAGCAUACAACUGAAUUAUUUUAGAGGAUUCGAUAGAAAGAUAGUACUUUGACUAAGAUAGGCCUAUAACCCUGUCGAUGUGUUUUCACAAAAUGGCUUCAGAGACACUUGAGUCUUCGGACAGAGCGAUCAAAAUGAUGAGCGAUGUAUCAGGAGAGGAUUACUGGGGUACUAACACUACCAAUGGGACCGAUCAAUGGACCUUAGCUCCACUCCCAGAUCACUUUAGGAAGAUCCCGUGGCCGCAGCUUAUUGUUAUGAUCAUCGUACUGGUCUUUGGUGUGAUAGCUAAUCUCUCCAUCAUCUUUAUCGUCCUCAAGAACAAACGUUUGAGAUCCACCCCGAACAUCAUCGUGGUCAACCUGACGGUUGGAGACCUACUCUGUCUCGUGCUCAAUCUCCCUCUCAUCAUUGACUACCACUUCAGAUUUCAGAGGAACUGGGUGUUUGGUCAGUUCAUGUGCAAGUUUGCCCAUAGCAGUAUGGUGGCCAGUGGAUGUAUCACCGUGUAUUCUCUGAUGGCUUUAGCGAUUGAGCGCUAUCUGGCUAUUGCCUGGCCUUGGCGUAAUCGCGCCAGUAGCCGAUGCGUCAGGCUGUCCCGAAGCUGUUUCUUGGGUCCGACCUGGCAGAUUGUUCUCAUGAUAUGGGUCGGAGCGUUCCUAGUUGGAGCCCCGAUUUGGUACACAGCACAAGUGUACGUCUACUACGAUGACGUGAAUGUUUGUAUGUUUAUCAACCAUGGUCAGCAAGUUGCACAGAUUUACAAAGUAUUUCGUCUCCUGUUUGCGUUUCUAAUCCCUUUAGCAGUGAUCAUUGGUGCCCAUACACUCACUGCAUAUGCACUUAUCAAGAGUGUUCGAGAGCCAGUCAUUGGUGUCACCCCACAGGUUUCUCCUACGAAUCGUCAAACACCACGCGUACGGUCACGAGUCAAGCUGGCGAUCGUCAUCACCGUACUCUCCGCGAUGUUCUUCUUCGCUUGGUCACCCUUCUAUCUGUUCAGUAUCUGGUUCCAGUUCUAUUACAGUGAGACCUUCGAGACAUACGCCAUGUUUGAAUUCCUUCGCUGGAGAAGUGUUCCGAUCUACGUGCUCAGCUGCUUGAAUCCCAUCGCGCUCUACAUCCUAAGCACACGGUUCAGACAGCAGUUGUUCAAUGAUAUCUUCUGUUGCUUUGGUGAUCGCAGGUUCGCCUGGAAGCCUUCAGAGACCUUCAGCUCAUUGAAAGGAUCCUUCUUCACGGCUAGUACCUUCAGGAGUAGGUCAAACUUUAACAGAGGGUCUUCAUCAAGCCGGUAUGAUCGAGGGACACCAGUAGCGGCAUCUUCUGAAGAAUUAUAAGAUGUGAGGUGAGGCACCAUGGUCACAGUAUAGGAAUAGA